GUUCAUUUUUUUUUUUUUUUUUACUUUUUCUUUGAGCUCAACUUCCUUGAAAGUACUACCUUUGUACCUUUGUUCUUCCUCUGGUGACUAUGUUUGCCUCUUCUAAGUUCUUUCCUGUGUUCUGAAGCUUCUUUCCUCUGCUUAUCUGCCCCACCCCCCUUUUUAACCCUUUCUAGCCUUUGUUGUAUUUAGAGAACUGCAGGAUGGUUUGGGGGUUUUUGUGUAGUAUAUAUGGGAAUGAUUGGAAAUGAGGGUAGAAUGGAGAUUGGAUGAGGUGAGCUAGAACUCAGGACAUGAGGAACGUUUAAGGCAUCAUUAUGCAGGUUUCUGUGGGUAAUGAGAUCAUUCAGACUGUGUUAAUGAGUUGUGUGGUCUGGAUUAAACUGGAGAGGAUGUGCAGAGAGCACAGUAAAGAAGACCUCGAUUCAGGUAAGGAAGACCUUUCUGAGUUGAUUUCUUCAGUUUUAAAGAAGAAACAAAUGGGUAUCUCUUCCUUUUACCCCAUCCCCAGAACUAUAUUUUCAUAUGAAAUGACUACUUCGGGAAGGGUUAUAGGGUGCUAGUCUUCAAUCCUCCUUUAAUAUUUAGGGACAGUGUAGGAAACUUUAGGGCCCUUGGCAGUAUAGUUUUUAAAAAUCACUCAUUUACAUAGAUUCCUAGCAGCUUUGGAAAUUGUGUUUCUCCUAUUUUUUUUCCAAUCUGCAUUUUAUAAUUUGCUUUUCCCCCACUUAGUAGAUAAUACUCUAUUCAUACUGUCUCUUACUUAAAGGCUCAAAAUCUUAGGCUGAGGGAAAAGGAUUCUAGCUUCACACUCUUGAUCUCUGAGUCACUUGGUAAAUUCUCCAGUAAGGCAGCAUUCCUGAAGAAUUGGGCUAGGCAUGGUCAGAGAAAGGGGUGGAGUCUGAGCAAGGUAGGUCAAGGGCUCAGUUGGGCUUACAGGUUCCUUGACUAUAUCGCCCACAGGUGAUGGAGGACGAGGAGAAGGCAGUGGAGAGCUUGGUGUGCAAAACGGAAGCUUCUCAUUCUCCAUCCCCCAUCCGCUGCUGCUGGCUCCGCCUCCGCUACUUGGCAGUUACUAGCAUUAUCUGUGGCUGCUCUUGCCUGGGAGUUGUGGCCCUUGUUUUUGCCAUCAAGGCGGAAGAGCGGCAUAAGGCAGGCCGAUCCGAGGAGGCAGAGCACUGGGGGGCCCGGGCCCGGAGGUUCAUCCUGGCCAGCUUUGUCGUCUGGCUUACAGUCCUCAUUCUGGGCCCCCUGCUGCUGUGGCUGCUCUCCUACGCCAUCGCCCAGGCCGAGUGACCCUGGGUAGCCUCUGCUGAGAGUCAGCUAGACCUGGAUCCUGCGGUGUGGAAUUGCUAGGGUCCACUACCAGCAGUGGUCUUUCUUGGCUGGAAGGAUGGUGCCUCUCAAGGGGCUUUGGAAGAGAACUUCUAGCCCUUUCUCUGAGGAGGCGGAGCUGAGACUGAUGAGGGGGAAGUCAGCUUGCUCUCUUCUUUCAGUGCCCUCCACCCCAAUGCCCCCCAACCCUACCCCAUCCUAUGGAUCUCUAUUCAAAGGUGGGGUUGAAGACCAGGCCUACUUUUAUUAGAAUCUGUUUUGUAAUAAAGACCUUUUUUAGUGGUGAAAUCCUGUCUAAUUGUUCUUCCCCUGCUUUCCCUGGGCCCUUAACGAGAGCCAGACUUUAAUAUAUGUCCAGUGUAGAAAUCUGCUUUACCCUGGGAGCGCCAAGAGAACAAAAAUCUUUUGUUUCUGUACUUUUAUUAUACUGGGAGUUUUCCUUUGAAAAGCUUCCAGCUUCUCCCUCACUCAACAAAGAGCCUGAAGACAUAGAGGAAGGGUAAUAAUGACAGCUAUUUACUGAGUUACUAUAUUCAAGGCUGUGUUCUAAAUACUUUCUAUUUUUCAGCAUACCACUGUUCUUGUUUUAUAGUUGAGACAUCAGGCACAGAUUACCCAAAAUCAUCAUAGUGACAUAACUCAGACUGAACCCAGAUAUUUUGGUUCCAGAGUUGAGAGGACUGGAAAGAUUGGAUUACAGCAAUAGACCGCUGUAUAUCAAUCACAGGGUUAUGUGAUAACAUACGUAUACUUGGGAGAAGGGGAUGUUGACUGCACUUCUUGGUGCUCAGGAUCACUCCCAGCAGUGCUUGGAGGAUCAUGCACUGCCGGUGAUUGAACCAGGUUUGGCUGCAUGCAAGGCAAGUGCCUUAACCCCUGUAUACUCUCUUCCCCCUUUUUUUGGGGGGGUGUCAGGGGUGAUGUAUUUUGGGUCACACACAACUGUGCUCAAGGCUUACUCCUGGCUCUGCUCAGGGAUCACUCCUGGCAAGUUCGGGGGACCAUAUAUAGUGCCAGGAAUAGAAGCCUAGUUGCAUGCAGGGCAGCACCUUACCUGCUGUACUAUCUCGACAGCUGUCAUGAUAAUGUUUUUGAAGUUGAAGCACAUCACAUAAGGAAAAUAAUCCAAAAUAAGUAAACAGCAGAACAAGGUUUUUGUUUGUUUUUUAAUUUAUUUUUCUUUACGAUGAGGCUGUGGCAUACCUGGUGGUGCUCAAGGCUUUCUCCUGGCUCUAUUAUUGAGGGGCUCAUAUGUGCCAGGAAUCAAACCCGGGUCAGCUGUGUGCAAGGCAGGUGCUUUACCUGCUAUACUAUCUCUCCAGCCUACAGCUAAAUAACGUAAAGCAAACAUCUGUGAAAACCAUUCAGUCCAGAAAUUGAGUAUUACCAAUAUUCAAAAGUUUCUUAUGUAAAUGGUCUCAAUCACUAUUCUCAUUUCUCCUGUAGUUAACUACCCUUCUUACAAGUAUUUUAGUCUGGCCAGCAUUUGAACAUUAUAUAAAUAGAAUCACGUAUUUUCAUUAUGUUUUACUUCUUUUAUUUACAAUUGUGAGACUUAUUGAUAUUUGGUAUAGCUAUAGUUUUUAUUGCUGUCUUACAGAUUUUAUUUAUAUCCCAUUAUACAAGUAUACUGCAAUUUAUCCAUUUCUGUUAUUGAAUUCUUGGGUGUUUCGUUUGGGGAUAUUAUAAAGAAGCAUGCUACUGUGGU